UUUAAAAUUGAAAGAAGGAAAGAAAGAAUCAUUGUACUACACUUAACAGUCUACGUGGUGCCAAAUGCAUGUACCCUAUUCACAUCAGGAGAACUGUUUAAAGCCAGCUAUGAAAUAAUCUUCAGUCAGUCAUUCAUUUGUUCACAUCAAGCUCAUUCUCUGUAUCUAUCAAAACCUUCAACUUUAUUUCUAAAGCUGGCGGAUAUUGCAUUGGGGUUUCUCUAAAAUGGUGAAGAGUUUCAGACUCACCCAGAUCAUACCGCCCGCUGAAGAACUAUUAGAUGAGGAAGGCUUGGAAUAUUAUAUUCCUAAGAACAAAGUGGGAGAGGCAUACAAAGACACAUUUUCAUAUUUCGACACCCACUUCAGACUUCUCAGAGAGGAUUUGCUCGAGCCGUACAGAAAAGCUGUGAAGGAGCUGAGGAGAAAUUAUCAGCAGGAAUGGGCAUCAAAGAGAAAAUAUGACGAUGGAAGAGGUAAUAAGGAGAACAAUUGGUCCACUAGUAUCCAGGUAUAUAGGAAUGUGGAAUAUCUAGGUAUGAAGGCAGGGAGAGAGGGCAUUGAAUACGGUGUCCAUUUAGAAAUGGAUUGUUUUGUUGACUGGGAGAAUUCUAGGCUUUUAAUGAACAAUUCAUUGCUCUGCAUUUCUCAGGAUGGAUUCCUCACUUUCUUUUGGGCUACAGUUUGUAAUAGGAAUAGCCUUGGGUCUAACAUACUGGGUCUCAGACAAGUGGAUGGACAUGAGCUCAAUCUGCAAACAGAAACUAUGUAUUCCAUGUUUGAGUCCACCAAAGCCUAUUAUGAGGCCUAUAUACAUGCCCUCAAGGUUCUGCAGAGGCCAGAGAUGGAGAACAUUCUUUUCAAAAAACAGUUAGUUUAUCUUGGAUCUAGUUUGCAUGAAGAGAAAUUCAGUUUUGAUUGGAAAAGGAUUUGUAAGUUCCCUUCUCUUGAUGAUAGCCAGGAAGCAGCCAUCAAGCUAGGGCUCACUAAGAAAUUGGCUAUUAUUCAGGGUCCUCCGGGGACUGGAAAAACAUUUACAGGGUUGCUCAUUGUCAAGUCCUUGCUUCACAUAAUCACUUCUUGUCCAAUUCUUGUAGUUUGCUACACUAAUAGAGCUCUGGAUCAGUUCUUGGAGGGAAUAUAUGCCUUCGAGCAAAAUCUAGUGAGAAUGGGUUCUAGAACCCGAAGCAAAAUUCUGGGGAAAGUUACUCUGCAGCAUCUCUUGACGAGGAGGAAGACGAAGAGGAGCAGUUCAGUAAUCCUUCCAAAAUAUUUCCGUAACGCGGUGUACAGGGCAACACGAAAAACAAAUAAACUGGCAAAAGAUGUAGAGAAAGCCUUAAACUUGAAUGGAGACAUGUUCGGGGAAGAAGAAUGGUCAAAUUUGUCAAGUGAAUAUUUGAAUGCAUGUAGCAAAUUGCAAGAAGCGAAGAUAAACAGUCAGUCGUAUUUGCUUAGCCAAGUAAAUGUGGUAGGGAUGACUACUACCUUUGCAGCAAGGAAUUAUGAAUUAUUGACAUCUUUGAAAUCAGAGAUUAUUGUGGUGGAAGAAGCUGCAGAGGUUUUAGAGGGCCAAAUUCUUGGAUGCUUAAACCCUGGCAUUAAACAUCUGAUUCUUAUAGGUGAUCAUAUGCAGCUUAGGCCAUCUGUGGCAUCCUCAAGGCUGGCUGAGAGAAACAACCUGGAUGUGUCAAUGUUUGAGAGGCUUGUUAAAGGUGAGAUAGAAUACAAAACGCUGGAGGUGCAGCGGAGGAUGAGACCUGCAAUAUCCGCACCCCUGGUUUCAAGGUUUUAUCCUAUGCUAAGAGAUCACCAAUCUGUUCACGACUUCCAAGAUGUGAAAGGUGUUAAGAAAAAUGUGUUCUUCAUGGAUCAUCAGAAUCCUGAGGACCUUCCUCUAUCUCGAAGCAGGUCUAAUGCUUUUGAAGCAGACAUGGUGGUUCAAUUUUGCAUUUACUUAACCAAUUGUUGUGGUUACAGCCCACGUGAUAUUACUAUUCUGAGCAUGUAUAGAUACCAGACCGAGCAAAUCACGGAAAAAAUAAGCAAUUUUUACCAUUUACCCGGGAGGUGUUCUGAUUGGAUUUCCAUUAAGAACAUAGUAAAUCCUGAUGAUUUUGUUCCCAGAGUAAGAAGUGUUGAUGAAUUUCAGGGAGACGAGAGCAAUAUUAUAUUGCUAUCCUUAGUCAGAAACAUCAAUUCUAAUUGUUUAAAUACAUCUGAAAAGGCCCCACAAUCCAUAGGAUUCCUAAGGAAUCCCAACAGGAUAUGUGUUGCACUUUCGAGGGCCAGAAUUGGCUUGUAUAUAUUUGGCAAUGCCAAGCUUUUGUCAGAUAAUUCAGAUGAUUGGAGGGAUAUUAUGCAACAUUUCACAAACAAUGGUUGUGUAGGAAAGGGAUUAGAGCUAUGCUGUCCAAAGCAUUCAGAUAAUUCUGGACUUGUUAUUAAUAGAGCCGAGGACUUAAGAGAGUAUAAUGAUGGGCGAAAAAUAAUAUUUUGCAAUAAGAAAUGCAAGGAAAAGUUAAUAUGUGGGCAUAAAUGUCCCAAGAAGUGCCAUUAUGGAGGGCAUGAAAAUUUUAAUUGCAUGAUCAAAUGCAAAAAGAAGAUUGAAGCGUGUGGGCAUCAAUGCAAGAAGGUAUGCCAUGCAGAUUCAUAUGAUAAGGAAUGCUUUCCUUGCCUGGAAUGCCCAGUUGCCAACAAUGUUUUUGAUAGCUUCAAAGAUAUCUCUAUAGGCUGAUUCAAUCCUUUCCACUUUGAACUGCUCGUGUUAGUCUGAAGGUUAUGAUGUGAUGUGAGGACCAUAGUCCAGCAUCUAAUCUGAGCUCGUUAUGGAUUAAUUCUUGUCGAAGUUAUUUUUUUAGGUUACUCUUUGUGGGGCUUUAUAGAUAUCAAAAUUUAAAACAAGAAAGGCUGUGACAUCUUCAUGAAGUUAAUUUUUAAAAAGGAUUUGAAAGGGUAAGAAAGAUCAAAAUAUAUGAGUUGUCUUUUUCUAAUUGUUCAGGUAUAUUGUUGAUGUAUCAAUGAAGGUAUUCAGUAAA